CAGCGGCCGUUUCGGGACGUCGGAGGGAUUUGGCCCGCCUCCCUUUUUCGGGAUUUGUGUGGUUUGGGGAAAGCUGGGGUAGCGCCGUUGGGAUGUUGGGGGUGCGCGAAAUGGGUAAAUUGAAUAAGAUUCUCGCAGCGCCCGUGCGAUUCGAGAGGAGCGCUUGGGGACUUGGUUCUUUUUUUGUGCUGUUCAUAUCUUGGUAGGUAGGAACUGAUUGCUGAAUUCGGUUUGUUUCUAGUGAUAGGUACGGUCAUUAUGGAAGAGAAAGAAAUUAAUGUCGCCGGUGUGUUGGUGUCCCAGGAACAUGUCGCUGUGAAUGAGGAUCAUGGCGCGACGACGAGUUCGCCUCGUGAGAAGGCUAAGGUGGUUCAUAAUGCAGAGCUCUACGCAGCUAUCCAGGAAACCAAGAUCGAUUACAAGAGCAGAAAUUCGAUACAUCUCUACUUUUCGGUCCUCGUUGCGUUUUGUUGCGCCUGUGCCAAUGGAUAUGAUGGGUCACUUCUUACCGGCAUUGUCGCCAUGAACCAUUUCCAAGAUACCUUCCACAGCGGAAAAACUGGCACCAUUGUCGCUAUCAUGUUCUCUCUUUACACGGUUGGCGCUAUGGUCGGCAGUCCUUUCGGAGCUAUCCUGUCCGAUAAAUAUGGCCGCAGGGUGGGCAUGUUCAGCGGCUGCAUAGUUAUCAUCGUCGGUAUGGUUAUUGCGUCGACAGCCUAUACGAUCCCGCAAUUUGUCGUUGGUCGUUUCGUCCUUGGUUUUGGCAUUUCUAUCGUAACCGUUGCCGCUCCGGCUUACGCCGUCGAGAUCCCACCUCCGCAUUGGCGAGGUCGAGCUACCGGCUUUUAUAACUGUGGUUGGUUCGGCGGUUCCAUCCCUGCCGCUGCUGUUGUUUACGGCUGCAACAAGAUAGACAGCAACUACUCCUGGAGAAUCCCGUUGAUCAUUCAGGCAUUCGCCUGUGUCGUCGUCAUCUUUGGUGUUUGGUUCAUUCCCGAGUCACCUCGAUUUCUCAUGGCGAAUGGCCGUGAGGAAGAGGCUAUUGCUUUCCUAGCCAAGUACCAUGGUAACGGCGACCCCAAUUCCAAGCUUGUUCAGCUUGAGGUAGCGGAGAUGAAGGAGGGUAUUCGGCAGGACGGUAUUGACAAACGACCAUUGGAUUAUCGGCCAUUCCUCUUUACCCACAGUGGUCGCUGGCGAAUUCUCCAGGUUCUUAUGAUUUCCAUCUUCGGUCAAUUCUCCGGCAACGGACUCGGUUACUUCAACACAACUAUCUUCGAGAUCAUUGGCGUUUCAUCUAUUGAGCAACAAUUAGCAUACAACCUGCUUAACUCUGUCCUCUCCGCAGUUGGCGCCUUGACCGCCGUCGCCUAUACCGACACCAUGCCUCGACGUAUGGUGUUGAUUUAUGGAACGUUAGCGUGCGUUGCAGCCCUAGCUACCAACUCCGGUCUUUCCGCUGCUCUCGAUGCCCAAGGCGAAAACAUCCAAGAGUCCUACGCGAAGGGUGCUUUGGCAUCUUACUUCCUAUUCAACAUCAUCUUUUCAUUCACCUACACUCCUCUUCAAGGUGUGAUCCCUACGGAGGCUCUUGAAACGACUACGCGAGCCAAAGGUCUUGCGUUUUCCAGUGUCAUCGUCUAUGCGAUGGGGUUCAUAAAUCAAUUUGCCGGUCCUAUUGCCCUAGGAAACAUCAAGUAUAAAUAUAUUUAUGUGUUCGUUGGAUGGGACUUGAUCGAAGCGAUACUCUGGUACUUCUUUGGUGUCGAGUCGCAAGGCCGUACUCUCGAGCAGCUCGAAUGGGUCUACAACCAACCUAAUCCUGUCAAGGCAUCCCUCAAGGUCGAUAGGGUCAUCGUUGAGGAGGAUGGCAGAGUUAAGGAGAAGGUCGUAACGGGUAACGCGUAAAUGUCACAUAUUACUAUAUUGGCUGGUAGACAUUAAAGGGCAUAGAACUUCUUGUUUGAUUUAUCGGAUCUCUAUAUCUCGAGUGA